UCGGCUGCCGUACACUACGUCAGACGUAAAUACUGCUAAAGGUAGCUAUAGAGACAUGGCUUUUACUUUGUAUUCCCUUAUUCAAGCUGCAAUUUUGUGUGUAAAUGCUGUCGCUGUUUUGCACGAAGAACGAUUUCUGAGUAAAAUUGGCUGGGGAGUGGAUCAAAGUGUGGGAGGUUUUGGGGAUGAACCAGGCAUCAAAAUCCAGAUGAUGAACCUAAUCCGCUCUGUGAGGACAGUGAUGAGAGUGCCCUUGAUAGCAGUGAAUUCUGUCUGCAUUGUGCUCCUGCUACUGUUUGGCUGAAGAGAGUGAAGAAAGGACUUCAAGUAAAAUUGACUGAACAAGUCACUGUCAAGAAAAUGUCUCCAUGGCCUCAGGGACCCUACAGCGUCACCAAGAAACAAACAUAGGCAAUGUUAGCAGCUAAACUUCAGCGGACAUGUUUUGUCAACUCUUGUUCAUAGCACAGCCCUGUUAUCAAAAACAAGUGCCUAUGGUUGUUUUGUUCAGUCACAGAUUUUGAACUUUUUAACUGUAAAAUAAACUCAUUGAUGGCAUUCCCAUUUACUGUUUGAUUCAGA